UAUUGCAAUCGCCGUUAUUGCUGCUGGCCUCAGACAGCUAGAAGAACGUCGCUCUACACAGAACACCACAGAUAACAUCAAUACCGACUUAACCUUGCGCCAAUGUUCAAAAUAUCAUCAGAAGAGGAUCACCGACCAAUUUAUCACUGAGAGCAAUUCUUGCUUGCUGAUCUGUGACGUCAUCGUCUACUGCGUACACCUCGAUCUACACAUCUUGGCAAAGGGAGAUGGAGAGGAUGUCGAUGCACUUCUGUCCUCACUGUGGCACCCGGCUCCAAGCGGGCUUCAAGUUCUGCCCGUCCUGUGGGGUGAAGCUGCCGUGCCUGGUCAUGGAGCCUGACAGCCACGCUGCUGCGGCACGCUCAGACAACACAGAUACAGUGGAUGAUAUGGAAAUGUUAGAAUCCUGCUCAUCUCAGAUAUACUCACCAGUGAAUAUGACUCGUCAGACAAUUCACAGUGUUCAAAGCAUCCAUGCAACUCCUCCUUCUCCAGAUAUGAAAAUGUUAGAAUCCUGCUCACCUCAGAUGAACUCACCAGUGAAGAUGACCCGUCAGACAGCUCGCAGUGUUCAAAGCAGCCCUGCAACUCCUCUUUCUCCAGAUAUGAAAAUGUUAGAAUCCUGCUCACCUCAAAUAAACUCACCAGUGAAGAUGACUCGUCAGACUCGCAGUGUUCAAAGCAUCCCUGCAACUCCUCCUUCUCCAGGUCAGAGAGUUCUGAAGUUGCCUCGUAAACGCAAGGUCAUUGGUCAAGAGGAGUCUGAAAUAUGCUCUGCUUUUCCAGUGAAUACCUCCCCUCGGACCUCUCCUGUAGUCAAAGGGAAGAAUGCCAAGGGUGCGGGUGUGGUCACGCCUCUACAGGAAGGAGUUGAACUGAAUGAUCAGUCAGGGGGGAAGUGGAAGCUUUUGCAGUUGCUCAUGCAGAGUGAGAACGAGGUCAUAUAUAAAGUGCUGUUAGGUGGCUCCGACCCCAGCGGCCUCAAUCAGAACUACAUUUUAAGACUGGCAGCCAAACAUGGACAGAUCUUCAAUGAACAGAACUUCCUUCAGAGAGCAGCCAAAACAGCCACAGUGGAGAAAUGGGUGAAGCGCAUGAAGCUGGACUACCUAGGCAUGCCCAUCUGUUUGGGGUUUGGACUCCACGAGACCUACAGGUUUUUGGUGUUUCAAGACAUGGGCCAGAGUCUUAACUCCAUACUACAGGGUGAGACCAAACCUCUGUCACAAAAAGUAGUCCUCCAGCUUGCCUGUCGAAUACUGGAUGUGUUAGAGUUUGUCCACGAGAACGAGUACACACAUGCCGACCUACAUGCUGAGAACAUCUACGUGAGCUCAGGCAGCCACCCGAAGGUGAUUUUGUCUGGCUUUGGUCGAGCGUUCCGGUUUUGCCCCAGUGGGAAGCAUGUUGAAUACCGGGAGGGGAGCAGGGCACCACACCUGGGCCACCAUGACUUCAUCAGUCUGGAUGUUCACCUCGGUGCAGCUCCAUCUCGGCGGAGUGAUUUGCAGACACUUGGCUACUGUCUGAUCCACUGGAUGACUGGAGUGCUUCCCUGGAGCUCCACAACUCACAAACCCAACGCCAUUGCUGCAGAGAAGCGGAGGUGCUUAAAAGAUCUCUCUUCUCUUCUGAUGCACUGUUUUGGAAAAGAAAAGGUGCCAGGGGCAUUACAAGAGUACCUGUCACAGGUGAUGGACCUCGAGUACUCGGACACACCGGACUACACUCAACUAAAGGCUGGACUUAAAAAUGGAUUGCAGCAAAUAGGAGUAGCUUUAGAGGAACCUUUGGACCUCCAUAUUGCCUAAUUGUGUACAUGUGAUGCAUAAUAUAAUAUUAAGAUAUACAGACUAUUUUAGGUUUGCUUUCACAGUUUUAAAGUUUCAAAUUAAUUUGUAUAAUUGUUCGGUGGAUGGGUGUGUGGUGGGUUUAAAGACACAUGACUUCAGAAAUGUUACAUUUUUUAUUUUGACACAGACAUAGGUGUUGUAUUCACAGAGAAAGGAAGUGUGUUAAGCCAAUAAUGGGAUGGGUUUAAGGGUAACGUAUAAUGCUUUCUUAUUGACGGAGAACUCAAUGCAGUUUUUUAACCUAAGGUUGCUUUUAUUUUUGUUUUAAGAAAGCGGUAUUACAGUAUGUUGAUUCACUAUUAUAUGUGCUAUUUUCCAUCUAUGUUCGGAUAUGGUAUCUUUGUUUUUUCAUAAAGGACUGUUGACAUUA